CCCUUCCAGGUUGUUUUGGCUGCGACCACAGACCCGGACAAGAAGCAGAUGCUGGAGAGGCUGGACGCCGCCGUCACCGCCGCUCUGAAGCCCCUGCAGGCAGCGAUGGAGAGCGGCAACGAGGCGGUCCAGCCUCUGGCCCAGGCCCUGUUGGAGAGUUCCAAAGACCUGCUGUCUGAUUGGUUGGACAAACAGUUUGGAAGUGAAGUCACAGAGAACUCGAUCUUCUCCAUUCUCCCCAAAUACUGGGAGGGAGAAUACCACAAAGACAUGGAAGCUCUGAACGUUCUCCCCCCUGAUGUCCUCACUCGUGUCAGCGAGUACGUUCCUGAGAUCGUGGAGUUUGUGAAGAAGAUCGUCUCGAACGGUUACGGAUAUGAAUCGAACGGGUCCGUGUACUUCGACACCUCCAAGUUUGAUGCCAGUCAGCAGCACUCGUACGCCAAACUGGUGCCAGAGGCAGUCGGAGAUCAGAAAGCUUUGCAAGAGGGAGAAGGUGACCUGAGCAUCUCCGCUGACAGACUGAGUGAGAAAAAGUCCCAAAACGACUUCGCCUUGUGGAAAGCCUCCAAACCAGGAGAGCCGUCCUGGGACUCUCCCUGGGGGAAGGGACGACCCGGCUGGCACAUCGAGUGUUCGGCCAUGGCCGGUUCUGUCUUGGGAGAGUCCAUGGACAUCCACGGUGGAGGAUUCGAUCUGCGAUUCCCUCAUCACGACAACGAGCUCGCUCAGUCCGAGGCUUACUUUGAUAACGACUGCUGGGUGCGAUACUUCCUGCACACCGGACACCUGACGAUCGCAGGCUGCAAGAUGUCCAAGUCCCUGAAGAACUUCAUCACCAUCAAGGACGCGUUGGCAAAGAACUCAGCGCGACAGCUCCGCCUGGCUUUCUUGAUGCAUUCCUGGAAAGAUACGCUGGACUACUCCUCCAACACCAUGGAGUCGGCCGUCCAGUACGAGAAGUUCAUGAAUGAGUUCUUCCUCAAUGUCAAAGAUUCGCUCCGCGCUCCGACUGACAUCACCGGUCAGUUCGAGAAGUGGGAGGCAGCAGAGAUGGAGCUCAACAACAGUUUCUACGACAGGAAGUCGGCCGUCCACAAGGCUCUGUGCGACAACAUGGACACCCGCGCGGCCAUGGAGGAGAUGAGAGUGCUGGUCAACCAGAGCAACAGCUACAUGGCCAGCAGGAAGAGCGCCAAGCUGCGGCCCAACCGCCUGCUGGUGCAGAGCGUCGCUGUGUAUCUCACCGACAUGCUGAAGAUAUUCGGAACAAUUGAAGGAUCCGAUCCCGUCGGUUUCCCUGUGGGAGGACAAGGUCAGAGUGUUGACCUGGAGAGCACGGUGAUGCCGUUCCUCUCGGUGCUGUCGGAUUUCAGGGAGCAGGUCAGAAAAAUCGCCAGAGAGCAGAAAGUAACGGAGCUGCUGCAGCUCUGCGACACGGUGCGUGACGAUACGUUACCGGAGCUCGGAGUGCGACUGGAAGAUCAUGAAGGUUUGCCAACUGUGGUGAAACUGGUGGACAAGGAGACAUUACUGAAGGAGAAGGAGGAGAAGAAGAAGAUGGAAGAAGAGAAGAAGAAGAAGAAGGAGGAAGCUGCCAGAAAGAAACAGGAGCAAGAGAUGGCGAAACUCGCCAAGAUGAAGAUCCCUCCGUGUGAAAUGUUUCGCACAGAAACUGACAAAUAUUCCAAGUUUGAUGAAACGGGUUUCCCGACGCACGACGCAGAAGGGAAGGAGCUGAGCAAAGGUCAAGCUAAGAAGCUGCGUAAACUCUACGAGGCUCAGGAGAAGUUACACAGCGAGUUCCUGCAGAUGAACAGAAACUGAUCCGCUAGUGUUCGACCUCAUAAAUGAUGUUUCUGUUCAAAUCUGUCUCGAGGGAAUUUCUUCACUUUGGACUCAAACAUGAACUGAUUGGAUUUCAGAGGUCAAAGGUCACAGUGAGCUCAUGAGACGCAGGCUGCUCUGGUGCAGACGUGCGACUGCAGGACGGUGACUUGAGUUAGUGACGGUUCUGUGAAUAAAAAGUUCAUCAAGCAGAGGUUUGAUUUCUUCUGUGAUCGUUUCAAAGAUGUUGAUGUUUGUUUGAUUUGAAUUUGGAAUCAGGAUUAAACUAACAAAAAGAAAAAAUUAAACCCCUGAAAGCUCCAACGAUC